AUGGCUACAGAGACAUUGCCUGAAACACUUCCAGUGGUCCCCGACAUUCAAAUUCUGAAGCUGCAUUCUGAUACCUCUUUGGAGGCUUCCAGGCUGAAUAAACCUAGUGCAUCGUUGCCAACUAGGCUGCCUGAACCAAACAACUUGAGCAAACCAUGUUCUGAAACGGAGCCUAAGGACAAGAAACCAAACAGCCUACUAAAUGAGUCAGUUGAUCAUACUAGUUUAGACAACAUUUCCGCAGACCCCAUCCAAGAUAAACUGGUUUCAGAGUGUCCUGUGGAUGAACAGAAGAAAGAUGUGAACCAAGGGAAUAUGUGCAGAAGCUUGAAACCAUCUUCGAUAUUGGACAAGGAAUGUGGCCUAGCAAAGGCAAAUGAAAGUGGCGGGCUGAUCAAGAGAUCAGAUACCGGUGAAAGAGGAAUAAGUAGCAGAUACAGGCCAAGCAAUAGCAGUGAUAUCAGUGAUGAAAGCUCAUGUAGCAGUAUCACCAAGCCUCAUAAGGCAAAUGAUUCACGCUGGGAGGCAAUUCAGAUGAUUAGGACUAGAGAUGGGAUCUUUGAAUUGAGUGGAACAAAGAGUUAUUUUGUAAUGAAGGUCAUGGACAAGGCAUCACUUGCAAGUCGUAAGAAGUUGCUUCGAUCCCAGACUGAAAAGGACAUCUUGCAGUGCCUGGAUCACCCAUUCCUUCCUACAUUGUAUACCCACUUUGAGACUGAUAAAUUUUCAUGUCUGGUUAUGGAGUUUUGUCCUGGAGGAGACAUGCAUACCCUGCGACAAAGGCAACGUGGCAAGUAUUUUCCAGAACAAGCGGUCAAAUUCUAUGUAGCUGAAAUUCUCCUAGCAUUGGAGUACCUGCACAUGCUCGGUAUCAUAUAUCGGGAUCUCAAACCAGAAAAUGUCCUUAUCCGUGAGGAUGGACACAUCAUGUUAACGGAUUUCGACCUCUCCCUUCGUUGUGCAGUUAGCCCAAUGCUGAUCAGGUUGUCUAACCCUGAUCCAGAAUCACUUAAGAAGUAUAACCAAGCUCAUAGUGCUCAACAAGCUUGUGUUCAGCCAUCCUGCGUGAUGCAGCCAUCACGCACAGCUCCCACGACAUGCUUUGGUCCACGACUGUUUUCUAAAUCAAAGAAAGUUCGAAAACCAAAGCUUGAAGUUGUCAACCAGAUUAUCAAAGGUGAGGGUCAUGGUAGUGCUGUUGACUGGUGGACCUUUGGUAUAUUCCUAUAUGAGCUCCUGUUUGGAAAAACACCAUUCAAAGGCACGGGGAACCGGGCAACACUGUUCAAUGUCAUUGGUCAGCCCUUGCGUUUCCCUGAAUAUUCAGUUGUGAGCUUCCCAGCUAGGGAUUUAAUAUGGAGUCUCCUGGUCAAAGAGCCCCAACAACGAUUGGGUUUUAAGCGUGGUGCCACAGAGAUAAAACAGCACCCAUUUUUGGAGGGUGUGAACUGGGCAUUGAUACGCUGUGCGAGUCCUCCAGAGGUUCCAAGGCAUUUUGACAUUGAGAAGCCCCCGAAGCAGCCUGUGUCAACAUCUGAGAGUACUGCCCAGAAAGGUUGUGAUAACUAUUUAGAGUUUGGUUUCUUUUAG